AAGAUGUGUCCAAACCUUGGAAUUGAGCUGAUAACUUCUCAGAAUCUGGGUCUUGGUUUUGUCAAUCUCUGCAGUUUUGAAAAUUUGAUCUGUCCUGUGCAUCAUGGAUCAGGUAAUGCAGUUCGUUGAGCCAAGUCGGCAGUUUGUGAAGGACUCAAUUCGGCUGGUUAAAAGAUGUACCAAACCUGAUAGAAAAGAAUUCCAGAAGAUUGCCAUGGCAACAGCAAUAGGAUUUGCUAUAAUGGGAUUCAUUGGCUUUUUUGUGAAACUGAUCCAUAUCCCUAUUAAUAACAUAAUUGUUGGUGGCUGAGUACCUUUUAAGAAGAGUGUUUUUCAUCUUGGGAAUUGGUGAACAAGUGAGGAUUUGAGAAGCUCAUGAGUAAAAAUUUGCCUAUA